AUGUCCUCUAAGACCUCCCGCAGUGCGAAGUCAUCCUCGAAAUCCAGCUCCGGCUCCGCCUUGAAGCGACUUACCCAUGAGUUGACCGAUCUACGGGAGGCGCCCUCAGACGCAUUCCUGCAUCUUGGACCUGCCUCCGACGAAGACAUUUUCACCUGGGAAGCAGUCCUAAAAGGUUCGCGCGACCCAUCGUCACCAUACGCUGGAGGACUGUGGCUGCUAGAGAUUGAGGUGCCCUCCAGCUAUCCGAACCAGCCUCCCAAAAUACAUUUCAAGACACCCAUCUGCCAUCCAAAUGUGGACUUCAAGAGCGGAGAAAUCUGUUUGACGCUGUUGACGUCCGAACACUGGGCCCCAACAUACACAUUAGCAAGCACGAUGGGCGCAAUACAGCAGCUGCUGAACGAUCCGGGUCUAGACAGUCCGUUGAAUGUCGACAUCAGCAACCUGUAUCGAGAAGGCGACAAGGUUGGCGCAGAGGGCCUCGUCAGAUUCUGGACGGGUGAAAAGCGAUGGCAGGGUGAGGGCCGGGCAGGUUGGAUAUCAGAGAAGUCGCCAGGAUCUGGAGGACAUCUCGAGGUUUGA